AUGUGUGUUAAAACUGCUCCUGGAAUGGCUAAUUUUGUGGAAACACUCAAAAGCUAUAAUAGCAUUGUCCGUGAUCAUCCUGCCUGGGACAAAAGCGGUAGUCACCGUUUUGUGCAACCAUUGUAUGCUGUUGUCAGUGAGCUCCUUGAUGGCAAUGAGGUGUUCUUUCGCAUCAAGAGAUCUACCCAGCUGAAGAAGCUGAUGAAUGCCUACUGCGACCGCCAGUCUGUGGAUAUGAAAGCUAUUGCAUUCCUGUUUGACGGUCGCAGGCUCCGUGCCGAGCAGACCCCUGAUGAGCUUGAGAUGGAAGAUGGCGACGAGAUCGAUGCCAUGCUCCACCAGACCGGAGGCCGCCUCCCUCCACGCGCCUAGAAGAAGCCGUUGAGAGUCCUGCUUGUUGUCGGUCUACAAGACUCUGAUCCAUCAUUAGAGAGCACAUGAACGAAUGAAAGUCUAAAAAGAACUUGUGAGGCUCUGGCCCCAUGCCAUAGCUGAAGGACAUUAGGGGAGGUUUUGUUUAGUGCCGUUUGGGUACUUUGGCCUGUCAUGACUCGUUUAUCCAUCCCUUAAUAUAUCCACCUAUCCAGUACUGUCUUUUUAGUACUCC